AUGGCGAGACUGACAACUAGGUUUUUUGUAUUUUGUGUUACGGCAGCGUUCACCCAUGUUUCCUCAACUCCCGAAGUUUGCAGAAACUCCCUAAUACCUGGAGCUAAAGGAGACCAAGGUGAAAUUGGAUAUGAAGGAGAUGAGGGACGUAUGGGAAAGAAUGGACCACCAGGACAUCCAGGAGCAGCAGGAGAGGCGGGUCUUAAGGGUGAUGUUGGUCAAAUGGGAAAGAUGGGCCCCAGUGGAGAUCAAGGGGAAAAAGGAGAUCCAGGCUUGAAUGGACCCGCUGGUUUGAAGGGGAAAGCAGGCACUACAUGUGACUGUGGAAAGUACAGGAGGGUGAUCGGGCAGAUGGACAUCAAGAUGGGCAAGUUAAGAAACGCAGUCAAGUUUGUUAAGAACAUCAUGUUGGGCCUGACAGAAAGUGAUGAGCACCACUACUUACUGGUGAAGGAAGCCAAAAGGUUCAAGGAGGCAUCAAUGCACUGCAAGCUAAGAGGUGGCACCCUGGCCAUGCCAAACAACAUCAACAGUAAUCGCCUCAUGGCUGAAUAUGUCAACCAGUCUGGAUUCACGAGGGUUUACAUCGGGGUGCAGCCUAUAAAACCAGACAUGAUUACACACGAUGGCAGAAACAUUUCCCAAGAUGCAGAUUCUAGCCCACUCCAGAGCUUUGCUGCAUGGAGUCAAGAUGAAGACCUCUCUCAACUGAGCCCUAACGCUACCUGUGUGGAGCUGCUAAGCACAGGGACAUGGAGUCAUGUGGAGUGUGACACUGCCAUGUUUUUCAUCUGUGAAUUUACAAAAAGCAGGACAAGAAGAGGAGGAGGGCCUUUGUUCUCAGCAUCUUGA